AUACCUGUUGAUUCAACUAAACAGCCAAGGUUUCCAAGGUUCUUAAAUGAACCACAAACUACAGGGUAAGAGUGAGCUGCUGAAAGUCAGAUCUGUUCUUCAAAGCAGACUUUCAGCUUUAUUACAAACUAAGAGUCGGAUCAGCACAAAUACUGACACAGAGAUGGCUGCUGGCACUGCGCUGCUCUGCUGCACUUUGCUGUUUGUCCUUGUCUUCGUCUCUGCAGAGCAGAAAACCAUCACAGCUGAGUCUGGACAGGACGUCACUCUGACAUGUCGAGCUCCAAACAACAACAUUAGAGUAAUAAAGUGGGAGAGAUUUGACCUGGGAGAUGAUUAUGUGCUUUUGUACCAGGAUGGUCUCCCUGAUUCAACACACCAGCAUCCAUCUUUUAAGAACCGGGUGGAUCUGCAGGACAGACAGAUGAAGGAUGGAGACGUGUCUUUGAUUCUGAAGGAUGUGACAGUUCAUGACGCUGGAGCAUACGAGUGUCGUUUCUUCAUGGAAGAAACUCGCUCAUGGAAGUCCAUCAGCAGCCUCAACCUGAUUGUUACAGGGUACACUCUUCUUCUAUAUGUGCCAGACAUGGGCUGA